CAUGUCCCGCCCUACGACGUGGUGCCGUCCAUGAGGCCCGUGGUUCUGGUCGGACCGUCCCUCAAAGGAUACGAGGUGACAGACAUGAUGCAGAAGGCUUUGUUCGACUUCCUCAAACACAGAUUUGACGGAAGGAUAUCCAUCACUCGUGUCACGGCCGACAUUUCUUUAGCCAAACGCUCGGUUCUGAACAACCCGAGUAAAAGAGCCAUCAUAGAACGCUCCAACACUCGCUCCAGCCUCGCUGAGGUUCAGAGUGAGAUCGAGCGUAUCUUUGAGUUGGCUCGUUCUCUGCAGCUCGUGGUUUUAGACGCAGACACGAUAAACCAUCCGGCCCAGCUCCUCAAAACCUCUCUGGCCCCGAUCAUCGUCCACGUGAAGGUCUCGUCUCCAAAGGUUUUGCAGCGACUCGUCAAAUCCAGAGGAAAGAGUCAAAGUAAACACCUGAACGUCCAACUCGUCGCAGCGGAUAAACUCGCCCAGUGUCCACCGGAAAUGUUCGACGUGAUCUUAGACGAGAACCAGCUGGAGGACGCGUGUGAGCACCUGGCCGAGUACCUGGAGGCGUACUGGAAGGCCACGCACACCUCCAUGGCCACGCCCCUCAACCCUCUGAUUGGACGAAACAUGGCGCCCACCAACAACACGCAGUACUCUGCCAACAUGACGGGACUACAGAGCCAAAGAACGUCUCGCCCGCAGAGCAACCACACGGGCGACCACUCCACGCCCAACGAACGCCGCAACCUCAUGACGGCCGACGAGAACUACCACAACGAGCGCGCCCACAAGGGUAACCGCGGCAACCGCAUGUCCUCGGGGUCCCAGCACAGCCGAGACCAGACCGAGUCCUACCAAGACCCGUACCAAGAGCCGUACCAAGAACCGUACCAAGACCCGUACCAAGACCCGUACCAAGACUCUUACAAACCCCAUAGGAACCGGAGUUCGCCCGGGAGCUACAGUCACGACUCUCGACAUCGACUUUGA